AUGAGUGAAGGUAAUGGUGGUUCAGGGCCUGAAAAGGCUGAUUCUCCACUUGCUUCUUUUGUCAUGGCUGUUUCAAUGAUCGCUGUUUCUGAAAUUGGUGACAAGACCUUCCUUAUAGCUGCUUUAAUGGCCAUGCGUCAUAAAAGAUGGUUGGUUUUUAGUUCGGCUGCAUCUUCGUUAGCAAUUAUGACUAUUUUAUCUGGUAUUGUUGGACAUGCUUCCGUUGCAUUUAUCUCUGAGCGCUACACUAGAUUCUUAGCUGGUCUUUUGUUCCUUGUAUUUGGGUAUAAGCUGACGUUGGAGGGUUUAGAAAUGAGAAAAGACGCUGGGGUACGGGAAGAGAUGGCGGAAGUUGAGGAAGAGAUAGCGGCCUGUAGUAAUGGUGAUAUUGAAAUGGGUGAUUAUCAUAAGAAUUCGUCACCCAAAGCAUCUGAUUCAUCGGUACUGGCACCAAUACAAUCACUUUUCAGACAAAUUGUCCACAAGGCCUCGUUAUUAGUAUCACCGAUAUGGAUCAAUAUCUUUAUUAUGAUCUUUUUAGGAGAGUUUGGUGAUCGUUCACAAAUCAGUAUAGUUGCUAUGGCAUCUGAUAGCGAUUACUGGUAUGUGAUAGCUGGUGCCGUCCUCGGCCAUUUCGUUUGCACUUUCAUUGCUGUUCUUGGUGGUAAGUUCCUAGCUACUAAGAUUAGCAUGAGAACAGUCACAUUGGGUGGUGCUUUCUCGUUUUUCAUCUUCGCCAUCUGGUACAUUUAUGAGGCUUUCACUACUGAAUAA